AUGGCGACAUCACAUACAGAUCCAUAUGAAAUUCUUAAAGCGUCCAAAACAAGUAACCCUUACCAGUUGCGUUGGGCAUAUCGACAGCGUAUUCUAGAUCUGAAACUCGAUCGACAACGAAAUCCAACUAAUCGUCGAAUAUCUCCAGAACAAUUCAGACAGGUGUGCCGCGCUUACGAAACCUUAACAGUUCCAAAGAAAAAAGAGUUGUAUGAUCAACGACAAGAAUGGACGUCGACUUUAGACAUAUCCAAAUAUACACUGCAACAAUUAGCAGCUGAACCCGAUCUAGCUGACGAAUUGAAACGACGAUUAAAAAAUGCGAAAUUGAGACAAAUUAAUACGCAAGAUGCUGGGUCAGGUCAAACACCAUUGUACUGUGCAGCACGAGCUGGUAAUGUUCAAGCUGUACACUAUCUCGUCGAGCAAGAUGCUAAUCCUGAUCUCGUUCAACGCUCAGGUAGUACCGCUUUACAUGCUGCUGCAUUCUUCGGACAUCCAGAGAUGGUCCGAUGUUUGCUCGAGUGUGGAGCCAACUAUACAAUCAAAAACGCCUAUGACAAUCUAGCUGGAUAUGAAAUAGAAGAUAAAGAUGUGAUGAGAGUUCUACUAGAAUUAAAAGAAACUCUGUUCGUACAAACAGCUGCGAAUCAAUUGGAAUGGUUAAAGAACAAUAUUGAUCGCAUCGGUGAUCAUAUUGAUACACAGUACUAUAAUCAACGGCAAACACUGCUUCAUUGUGCAUGUAAAAAAGGAUAUUUUGGAAUUGUGAAAUGGCUUACUGAUGAACGUCAUGCAAAUCUUGACCUUGUUGACAUCAAUCUAAAUAGUCCACUACACUUGGCUGCUCAUAGUGGUUAUUCGGACAUCGUUGGUCAUCUGCUUGAAAAAGGUGCCAAUUCAAGUCUCAUCAACAAGUGGGGAAUGACAGCAGAGCAAGAAGGAGUCUUUCAUGGAAGUAAAAUCACAGAUUUGUUUCAAGCGAUGAAAGACAGAAAUAUGUUUGAUAUGGCAAGAGAUGGUGUACAAUGGUGGUUUGAAUACUAUUUUGAAGAUAACUCACCGAAUGCUGUUGAUGGACGUGGAACAAGUGUGCUAUAUGUUGCCUGCCGAUUUGGUCAAACAUCUGUUGCAAAAUGGUUGUUAGACAGAGGUGCAAAUAUCAAUUUUCAACUGCCAAGUGUUCGAAGUACACCAUUGCAUGUUGCUACAUUUCGUGGUCAUGUCUCUACAGUUGAGUUAUUGUUAUAUCGAGGUGCAGAUAUCAAUAUAAGAAAUGCAGAUGGUGCAACACCACUGGAGGACGGUCCAAACAGUGAAAUAAAAAAAUUGCUCGAACAGUAUCGAAAUAGUGUGGCAGUUGACAAAUUUAUUCCUGUACAUGUGUAUAGCGAUGGCAAGAAGGCGGGUGAAGGGCCUCUGGCAAAAGUUCAAUUACACUAUAAUGCAACCAUUGAUGAUCUUAUUGACGCUUUGCCUGAUUCAUUACGGCAAACACAUCGUUGGUUUUCAAUUGCACGCAGUCCGUUAGAUUUUCCCUCUNUAAAAAAAUUGCUCGAACAGUAUCGAAAUAGUGUGGCAGUUGACAAAUUUAUUCCUGUACAUGUGUAUAGCGAUGGCAAGAAGGCGGGUGAAGGGCCUCUGGCAAAAGUUCAAUUACACUAUAAUGCAACCAUUGAUGAUCUUAUUGACGCUUUGCCUGAUUCAUUACGGCAAACACAUCGUUGGUUUUCAAUUGCACGCAGUCCGUUAGAUUUUCCCUCUGAUGAAACACCAUUGAUCUCUGCAGUAUGCCGUGCUCGUCAUGCCAAUUCAAUAUUCGUUGAUCUACCAAUAUGCCUUAUAGGUUACACUUCACCACGAUACAUGAACAGUGGUUAUACAUCCAGGAAUAAACUUGAUGGCUAUAGUCUACGUGCUUUUCAGGCUAUGUUUCGUUCCAAACAAAAGAACAAAUCAUUUCAUGUUAAAGGUCAAUCCAGCGAAGCACAAUCAUUUACAAUUGACAAUUUAUUAUUUACGUUCGCUCCAUGUUGUGCUGAUCGUGACACACUCAUUGAUGUAGAGUAUCUUUUUUCGCCCAAUGCCGAACAAUUUCGACUACCAGAAUGUGUUUGUCUAUUUAAAACAAACUAUUGCGAUGAAAACGAUAAACUAAAUGACACGCCAACAGUCACAGUAAAAAAUGAAGCGAAUGUCAAACUGUACACAUGGAUACCAUCAUCGCCCUAUUGGUUCUCUUACAGAGAUCAACAGAAUCGUUUAUCACGCAUUGGAGGUGUUCAUGCACUGGUUCGUCAUGUUGAAAUCAUUCCCAAGUCACUUUAUUUUCCACCUGACAUGUUCAUUCAGAGUGCUGUCGGAAAACUAUUCGACCAACGGCACAAGCCUGUGCCAUGUGAAUACCUGAAAAUAUGUGAGGUUGAUUCGCAACGUUUUCCACAUCAGGCCUAUCACGGCACCAACAUCAAUGUUAUUCUGUCGAUAUUGAUGGAUGGACUUGUUAUGCCAAGCACAGUAGUUUCUACAGGUUAUCGAGUUUGCCCACCGGCAGGUCAUAUCGCUCGAGGAGUGUCAGCUUUUGGAAUUGAUGAUUUUGCUAAUGCACUGUUCGUCAGUCCAAGUAUACACUAUUGUUCGGAUCCUGUUUAUGCUGUGACAUUUUCUUCUGGCGAUCGCCGAAUGAUAGCCGUGCUCGAUUGUCGAAUUGAACACGACAAGUUUCGUACGUUUCGAAGUACUGUUCCAAGCUAUGUCCCACAUCCUGGUGAUGAUUUGAAUGCUAUUGAGUGGCGUAUCACACGGCCGUCGGCAAUUCAAAUCGUUGGCAUUAUCUUCAUUCCUAUGAUGGAAUCGCGCUCAGCAGCAGCACGUUUACGAGCAAACAAACUAGGUCUUAAAGAAGAUGAAGUUCAUUAA